ACGCAACACGCAACACAACUCAUUCACCGCCCAAUUAACCACACACAACCCAAACACGUCACCAGCCAUGCCUCCCAAAUCACGCAAACCCGCCGUCCCCCAAACCAAAACCCUUAUCCUCGACAACGGCGCCUACACGCUAAAAGCCGGGCUCCUGCCCCCCUCCUCCACACCGCCCAGCUACGCCGACUGCGCGGUAAUCCCAAACUGCAUCGCGCGCAGCACGCGCGACAAGCGCAGUUACGUCGGGUCGGAACUGGAUGAUUGUCGCGACUUUGGGGAGCUGGCGUUUCGGCGGCCGGUGGAGAGGGGGUUCGUGGUCGGGUGGGAGGCGCAGAAGGGGGUUUGGGAACGGGAGGUGUUGGGGAGGUGUGAACCUACGGAGACGAAUCUCGUGCUCCUGGAGAAACCGAAUUGUCCGCGCGAACUGCAGAGGAAUUGCGAUGAGAUUGUGUUUGAGCAGUUUGGGUUUGCGGGGUAUUGGAGGGGUGUUGGGCCCGCGACGAACGCGUUCCACAACCCAGACGGCGUGGCGGAAUGCAUGCUCGUCAUCGACACCUCAUACUCCGACACAACAAUCCUCCCACUUUACAACGGCAAAGUCCUCCAAUCCGCCGUGCGCCGUAUAACAGUAGGCGGCAAACUCCUCACAAACUACCUCAAAGAGCUAGCCUCACUCCGCCACUACAACAUGAUGGAGGAAACCUACCUGCUCAACGAGAUCAAAGAGGCCGUAUCGUUCGUCACGCCUUCAUCCCAGCAGUUCGGCGUAGAUCUGGCACGCACAUGGAAAGGCCGCCUCGGCGACAAGCGCGCGCUGGACACCAGCAUCGUCGUCGACUACGUGCUGCCGGACUACGAGAAGGCGAUCCACGGCCACGCCCGACCACACGAUCCCGUCUCGUCGCGCGCACGCAAGGGUCUGCAGGCGCUGCAGGGGCCGAGGGAAGACGUGCUGCCGCUGGGCAACGAGCGCUUCGCUGUGCCGGAACUGCUCUUCAACCCAUCCGAUAUUGGUAUCCAGGAGGAAGGCAUACCCGGGGCUGUCAUGCAGGCGCUGAGCAUGCUGCCUGAGGCGUUAAGAGUGGGCUUGCUGGCGAACGUGUUAGUUGUAGGCGGGAACUCGCUUAUCCCUGGAUUCAUGGAGAGGCUAGAGGCUGAGCUUAGGGCGAGAGUGCCCGCGGAGUAUGUGCUGGGUGUGCAAAGGGCGGAGGACCCGGUUCGGCAUACGUGGUUGGGGGCUGCGAGGUUUGCGGGUCGGAGUGAGGGGCUGGGGGAGGUGCUGGUGGGGAAGGCGGAGUAUGAGGAGAAGGGGAUGUCCGUCAUGUUGAUUGGCCCACCGGAGUCUUGGCACACCUCUCCCUCCCCGAACACCACGAAAACUUCCCAAACCACACCCGCACACAUCGCCCCAUCCGCCCCAAUGCGCCGAAUACCUCGCUCCACGCGAGCCCUCGACUCCCCCCUCCUCCUCUCCACCUCCGCCCGCCCCCCACCAUGCCCACCCCUCCGCGCCUUCUCGACAACGCCCACGCCCGCCUUCCUCGUCCCCGCCGGCAAGCAAGACAAAAAGAAGCACCAGCAAUUCGUGCGGCGCUGGCAGAAGCGACUCCUCGGCGACUCUGAGCCGAUCGGCGCGCACGUCGAUCCCUACGACCCCACAUCGCCCGUCCGCAUCGCGCCCGCCGAGCAGGGCGAGUACGAGGAAGUGCUGGACGAUGCGAAUGCGGCGGCGCCGUCGUACAGGCCCGCCGAUGUGCAGAGGGGGCUGAUGCAUGUCGGCGGCGAGGCCUGGCAGAGAAGGAAACUCGAGCAGGAUAUGGCGCGUGAGUAUGAGAAGUUGACGGGGCGUACGUAUACGCCGUUGACGCUGGAUAUGGCGCGUGAGGUGGAGGAGUGGACGGGGAGUUUGUAUACGCUGCGGGAUGAGGAUUUCGGGGUUGGUGAGAGGGUGCAGAAGGUUACCGGACGGCCGUAUACGGGGUUUAAUUAUGGUGUGUACAAGAAACCCAAGACCGCCGAGCAGCUGCAUGACCGCUUCGCUCAGGCCGUGGCGGAGGUGUAUACACUCCGGCAGGCGGGGCUGGAUCUGGAUCUCGCGCAGUCGAAGAAUCGCGGCGUGUACAAGCAACCCAGCUGGGUCAAGGAUAUCAAGCUGUACCGCACUGAGAGCGGGGAGCUCGCCCUUGCUUUCCCGCAGUAUAAGAGCGCCGAGCAGUUCCUCAGCAUCAUGCAGUCGACGCCUGUCUGGGACUUGACGCCGCCAGUGCAGGAGGAGGAGGAGCUGGUCGUCGAGGAGGGUGAGCCGGUGGUGGAAGCUGCACAGCCCGAGAUGGACCCCGACACGCCUGCGUUCAAGAAGGCGGCGCUGGUCAAGCAGGACCCGGAUAAGAAGCCGUUUGACUUUAUGUCCAACCGUCCCGUGCCCCGCGCGAAGCCUGUCGAGACGCCUGUCGAGACACCCGUUGUUGAGGAAGUCGUCGCCACGGUCGUCGAUGCAUCCGAACAACCCCCCACAGUCGUCUCGGUCAGCGCGACAUCACCCAUCGCCAACGCCUCACAGCACGCCGACCUCGAAGCGCGGGCACAACGUCUGGCUGACGACAUGUCCGCCAUGCAGAAGACGGUCCGUCCACGCAAGACAUCCCCCGUCCCCGACGUCGAAGAGGUGAAGUGGCGCCACGCAGAGAUUGCCGACGACGCGCUGAAAUUCGCUCUCUUCAAACGCAUCCACCAACUCACCUCCCUCACAAUUUCCGACGUCCACCUCUCCUCCACCCACACCCUCGGCGACCUCUACGCCCACCUCUGCACAGCCGCAAAACCACAACCCACAUCCCUCUUCAGCGCCCUGCACAUCGAAGGCCAGAAACGUCGGGAACGCGCUAAAUCAACAUCCACAUCACCACUAUCUAAACCAACACGCCCUACCAAACCAGACCUCGGCGCCCUCCUCACAAUGGGCAACGUCGCCCUGCACCGCACACGCCCCACCGCCGCUGAUAAACGUAAAUCGUACGGUCUGGACAAGGUUGUCGACUAUGCGUUUUGGGAGCGCGGGCUGGAUCGCCGUGCGCGUGAUGGGGAGGGGGUGGUGGGGAAGAGUGACAGAAGGGUUGUUGAGGGGACGAGGGCGGUGCCCGAGUUUGGGCGGGUGCAUGCGCACUAUUGUACUAUAUCUCUCAUCUUCGGCGUGUGUCUUUGUUGUUGGGAAGAAUGGGAAUGA